UUAAUGAAAUUAAAUCAUAAAAAGUUUUUAUCGAAAAGCAGUUGGAAUAUUAGGGGAUCGCCUAAACCAACCCAACCGUCACCUACAGUGGCCGGUAGUGGUGGUGGUGGUGGUCAACCAAUUAGACGUAAAGGUAGCGAUCGGUUCAUACAUAGACUGGCCAACAACAAUGAUAACACUGGCCAACAACAACAUAGCGAUAUCAAUAGCAUACCCAACGAUGAUAAUGAUAUGAUACCACUGUCAUCAUCGGCGGCUUACGGAUCGUCUAACAAAACUACCGCUACUGGCGGUGGUGUUGGCCGUAGUCUUAGGCGUAGUCGCGGGAUGUCCUAUUCGGUAACCGAUUUGCGUGAACUGUCCGGCAAAAAGGAUUUUGAUUGGCUGGAAGCUAGCGAUGACUUUCAGCAGGAAAUCAAAGAUAGGAGACAUGAGAUGUAUAUCGCGGAGAUAGAGAUGGACUCAUUUCAUCAUUUGGGACCUACUCUUAGAGCCAUCUAUGACGGCGACGAACACCAGAAGUUUAUGGAGAAAUUGGACGCAAGAAUACGCAAUCACGACAAAGACAUUGAACGGAUGUGCAAUUGUCACUACCAAGGCUUCGUCGACUGUAUCCAUGAGCUGCUUCAGGUCCGCCCUCAAGUACGCCAUUUGAACGAAGAAAUCGUUGCCAUCAAUAAUGAACUGCAAAAAUCAUCCGACAGUGUCAUACGAAAAGCCGACGAACUAAUCAAAUACCGGCGUGUAGUGGCCAAUACAUCCAUAGCCAUCGAUCAUCUGCAGCAAUGUCUACCCGUACUGGAUAUGUAUACGAAACUAGAGUCACAAAUGGAUGAACGCAAAUACUAUCCGGCACUGAAAACACUGGAACAGUUGGAAACAACUUAUUUACCAAGAGUUGCCAAAUACCGAUUUGCGCAGACAAUGUGCGAAAAGAUACCGCAAAUCCGGGAACAAAUCAAAACCGUAUCGAUGACCGACUUGAAAGACUUUCUGGAAAACAUACGUAAAAUGUCCAUAAAAAUCGGCGAACUAUCGAUGCGUACCGUUGCUCAUCAGCAGAAUAUUGCCGACGCAGUUGUCUUAAACAACAAUCAGUCAGCGACGACACAGUUGUCGUCACAAUAUAACAAUACCAGUGCUGUGUUGAAUAACAACAACAACACGGGAACAACAAAUGUGGUCACAAACGGCGGCGGUUUCAACAACAACAUCAACAACAACAAUGAUGACAGCGAUUACAACAGUGAUAGACAACAACCAAAUAAUCGUAAACCAAAACCACGUAAACGUAGAGCUCCGCCGCCACCAUCAACGUCAUCCUCGUCAUCGAUGUCGACGACAACAGGUAAUCCGUUUGGCGACGACAACCACGAAGACACCGAAGAGUCGACAAACACCGAAUCGGAUGCCAACAAUACGGCCAGCGAAGAGGAACUCAGUGCUACCGAUUUGGUCGACUUUUCACCCGUCUAUCGAUGUUUGCAUAUAUUCGGUUGUCUCGGUGCUCGGGAACAAUUUGAACAAUACUAUCGCCAACAGCGACUACAACAGGCAAAACUGGCACUACAGCAGCCGAUUCAGAUGAACGACGUAAUCGACGGUUACAAUGAAUAUCUGUGCGGUGUUGUCGGCUUUUUUGUCAUCGAAGACCACAUUAUGAAUACGUCGAACGGUUUGGUCAUCAAAACCUAUUUGGCCGAAGUCUGGGAAAAUGCAUUGCAAACCAUAAUCGCCUCAAUGAGGACACACCUGUCCUACUGUACGGAUCCGAAUCUGAUGUUGAAAAUCAAACGCUUGAUUAUGUUAUUCAGUUAUACAUUGCAAAGCUAUGGCUAUAAUGUAUCACUUUUGCUGAAUCUGUUCAUCGAAAUGCGUGAUCAAUACAAUGAUAUACUGAUGAAACAUUGGGUUAAUGUUUUCAAAACCAUCUUCGACUCGGAUAACUAUCAUCCGAUUCAAGUAAACAACUUACAAGAAUAUGUGGCCAUUAAUUCGGAAUUUCCGUUCUACGAGUCGGAAGUGGUUAGCUGUAGUCAAUCGGGUAGUAGUAGUAGUGGUCAGGAAUUUCCCAAAAAGUUUCCGUUUUCGCUGUUUGUGCCAAAAGUCUACAAAGAAGUCAAACAAUUCAUAUUCGCUUGUCUUAAGUUCAGUGAAGAUCUGAAUCUGAAUCAAACAGAAAUCGAGGACAGAGUACGCAAAUCAACUAAUCUGUUGCUAACGCGAACAUUGAACGAAUGUUUGUCUAGUCUUAUCAAAAAACAUAACUUAGGUCUACUACAGCUGAUCCAGAUUACCAUCAAUACAAACUAUUUAGAAGAAUCAUCCAUUUAUUUAGAAGAUUUCAUAACGAAAACUAUCAAUCAGUCUUCCGUUUUUAUGGGCACAUCUGGUGUUACAUCGCCGACCAGUCUGGUGCCAUCAUCCACGUCAUCGUCGGCUAACGAUACCUCUCAUUUGGCCCGACUUCAGGGCCGGACAAUGUUCAAAGAUAUCCGAUCCGAUGCCGAAUCGCAGAUCUAUUUACGUUUGAAUCAGAAAAUCGACGAAUUCCUGGAUCUGGCUAACUAUGAUUGGCUAUUAGUCGAAAGUCCUGGUAUGGCCUCCGCCUAUAUAUCCGAUUUGAUAGCCUUCCUCAAGAGUACGUUCCAGGCGUUCACUAAUCUACCCCUAAAAGUAGCCCAAACUGCCUGUCUGUCCGCUUGUAAACACAUAUCGUCAUCGCUGCUAAACUUCUUGAUGGACGAAGAAGUCAAAUGUAUUUCAUGGGGUGUUUUACAACAAUUCAAUUUGGAUCUAAUCCAAUGCGAACUCUUUGCCAGCAGUGAACCGGUCCGCGAGUUCGAAGAAGGAUCACUGCAGAUGUGUUUCGCCGAACUCAGACAACUAAUGGAUUUGUUUACCGAAAUUGAUUCGUGGAGUAACUAUUUUGCCGAUUAUGGUAAACAAGAAUCCCGUUAUCUGCGAGUUAAUCCCCAGACGGCACUAACAUUGAUGGAGAAGCUCAGGGAAGGGGAGAAAAAAAAGGGUACACUGUUUGCAUCGUUGACGAAGAAUGAAAGAGAAAAGAAGAAUAAAACGGAUACUGUGGUUAAAAAAUUGAAACAAUUGAUUAUCAAUAAUAAUGUCAAUCAAUAAUAAAAUUUUAGUUAAUUAAUUAAUUAAUUAAUUUAAAUUAAA